UUUGCACCGUAAAGAUGAGUACAAUCGCGUAGUUGAGAUUGCUAGUGAUAAAGUAGCUGUGCAAUUUGUGAUAACAUUUUUUUAUGACAAUAUGGCGUGCGGUUAGCGGUUAGAUUUGAAAUUAUCCGAAUCCGGCUCCCGAGACGCACUUUGCCAUCCGAGACACAAAUAGGCUUUUGAUGACAUGCGUGUGGCGAAAAAUUUCACGUGUACAAAUUGUCAGUGCCUUUUAUUGAUUUUCCGCAAUUCUUGUGCAUUUUCUAGUGCAUUCUGCAGACGGCCAUAAAAUCAAUAGCAAUAGUGAACCAUCGUGGCAGACACCAAGAUGUCUGAACCCGAGGAGAAGCGCAGAAAAUUGCGUGAAGAGUGCAAUGAAUCACGGUGUCAGUUUUUCGUUAUUCGCAAGAAGAGAUUUUGUAAAAUGACUGUUGAUAAGGGUGGAAAAUUCUGCAGCCAGCAUCAGCCCAUCACGCAGCCCAAUGAAAAGGAGAUGGGAAAUUCUGGGGCAGAGCGAGUGCCAUGUCCCUUCGAUUCCAAACACACUGUGUACGCCUUCAAGCUGACGAAGCACCUCAAGAUCUGCAAUGCUCGUCCCAUGAAGAACGAGAACUAUAUCAAGAUCGGGCUGCACUUGGGCUCAGAGGACGAGGAAGGAGGUGAUGAUGUGGGGAGGAAUGUGAAGCUCAGUGAACUCACUUCGACAUAUUUGAAAAAUCUCACGAAGAAAAUCAACGGGUUGUAUUCAAAGUACAUCAACGACAGCAUCAAGUGUGUUUUCCGAGAGCACAAGUUGCUGGAGGAAGAGCUGGCGAAGCCAGAAUACGGUCCAACCGCCCUCAAGCAUCUCAGGCAGACAGCGUCUCUCCUGGGAUGUCUGCAGGAGUACAAUCUCCUCCUGCCACAGACUUGCUUCGUGGAGUUUGGCGCCGGCAAGGGUCAAGUCUCCUUCUGGAUAGCGCAGGCCAUCAAGCAUUUCAAGCAGUGCUCCGUGGUGCUCGUGGACAAGGCCUCGCAUCGUCACAAGAAGGACAACAAGGUGGAGGAUCGGGACACGGUGACACGCAUCCGGGCAGACAUUGCCAAUCUGGAUCUCUCGUGGAUGCCGCACAAGAGCGAGAGCGUCGUCGGCGUGAGCAAGCAUCUCUGCGGAGCUGCCACGGACAUGACGCUGCGCUGCAUUGUGGCGGGAAACCAGCCGCCAAAGGAGCCCAACAGGAAAGCGUGCCGCACAAAGGGCAUCCUCAUUGCGCUCUGCUGCCAUCACAGAUGCGAGUGGAAGUCGUUUGUGGGCAAGCAAUUCUUCACGCAGCACGAAAUCACGCGCAAAGAUUUCAUCGUGAUGACCAAGAUGGUGAGUUGGGCGGUUUGUGGCACCGGCAUGAGUCGGGAGCGUCGUAAGCAACUCGAGGAGGCUGAAGACUCUGAUGAUUCAGUGGAGGAAUCUUCUGACGAAGAAGAAGACACGGUGAAGAUGUCCCGCAAGGAGAAGCAGGAACUGGGCAUCCGAUGCAAAAGGAUACUGGACUACGCCAGGCUAGUGUACUUAAGACAGAACCACUACGAUGCCUCGCUCAUUUACUACGUCAGCCGCGAUGUCACGCUGGAGAAUGUGUGCAUUGUGGCGACCCAUGAAAGCAAUAAAGUUACUCCCAUUUAGAUUGUCUCUUUUUUAUGAGGACUUAAGGAAAUAUCAUGUUAUUUUCUCAAUCGCUUUUUGGUCGACUUUGAGUUUUCGUGUGUCUUGAGAUGCAGCGUAAGGACAUC